AUGGCAUAGUCUUUUACAAUCUUAUAAAAUUCCUUUAAACAUUUUGGACAGGGUCAUUAUAAAGAAUCAAUGGAGUAAUCUACUAUUUAAGUAUAGGGAAUUACAGAAAUUUAAGCAAUUAAAGGAACAAUCUGAUCAAAAUCAAUCAAUGGUGUAAAUUAAUGAAAAUAUCAUCCUUUGUGAAUAUAAUAUUAGCAAAGAUGCUAAUGCUUGCAUUACUAAACUUGAUGAAAUUAUUGAUGAAAUUAAAAAGUCUUAAACCUAGAAAAGUAAGUAUUUAGGUAAUUAAAUAUUAUUAGAGAAGAAACAAGAAGAUGAUAGUAUUUUAUAGUUCAAUAAAGCAAUUAUGCUCUUUUUAAGUGGAAAAGUAAGAUAGGCCCAUAACCUAUUGAAAUAAUUGAAAGACAACUAUUAUUUGGACAUUUACUUAAAUAUUAAGGUGCAUUUGUUAUUAGUUGAAACAUCAUUUUAAUUAUAAGAAUUUGUAUAUGCAAGUGAAUUGUAUAAGAAACUAUCCUCAGAAGAUACAUUAAAAUCCUUACAAAAUAAAAGUACAAAAUCCAAUUAAGUUGAUGAUCAAUAAUAAUAAUCAUAACCAAUUUAUACAUCAUUAUUGUUGGGUUCUGAUCUACCUUAUCCUGAUGCCCAUCCAAAUACUUUUAGUAAAGAGGAAUUUUUAUUCAUAUUAAAUAUGAUUAAAUUUCGAUUUUAUAUGUUUUCAAAUUCAAAAGAUUGGAAAAAAUAAAUGAUAAAUUUUGAAUAAUCCUUAAAAAACUAUAUAAUUUAAUUAGAUCAGUAAUCAGGCAUAUAAUAAUAGUAAGUAACAUAAUUUUCAAUUGAAAUCUAACCUUAUUUAAAAUUGCAUUCAUAGAUGAUUUUUAAGUAAUUAAAAGCAUAAAAACAUAUCAAUUUGAAUGAUAAUGUUGUGAAAUGUAUUAAAAUGUUUAAUCCAUACUCAGAAUUAUCAAACUAAUAAAAUUUAGAUUUUAUUAAAAGUAAAUAAUACUUAUAUUUGACCUAAAUUUAUAAUAACUUAGGCUGUGCACAUGCAAAAAUGGGUAAAUAUGCACUGGCUACAGUGUAUUUCCAUAAAGCUAUAUGUUAAACAAAAUAAAUGUUGUAAUCAACUAAUCUAUAUGAAAGUAUAAUUUUAACUAAUGUUAAAUAAAGAUAAUUUGCCAUCUAUCAAAAUUUAGGUGAUGCAUUAUUUAUGGAUUAAAAAUAUUAAAAAGCUUUAAAUAUUUAUAAUCAAUUAUAAGAUGUUUGUAAUUAAAGUGCUAAAUUUUGGUAUAAUAGAGGUGUUUGUUAUAUAUAAUUAUAUCAUGAAUAUAAUCCUGAUAAGAAUGAGAUUUAUGAAAUAUCAGAAGAACAUACUCAAAUUGAUAAUUAAGAAGAGGGAAAGAAAAUUAUACUUUAAAGUAGAGAAAUUUAUAGUGAUGUUGAUGAAGAAUGUUAGGAUUAAUUCUAUAAAAUUGAUUAAAAAAAUGAAGAAAAUAAAUUAGUAUAACCAAAAGUUGUUAAAGAAUUGUUAAAUAAUGCUAUUAAGUAUGAUAAAUAAAAUCUAUUAAAGAUCAUUCCGUAAUGCUAUUAUUUUAUCUAAGAAAGAGAAAAGAGAAGAAAUAAUACUAUUAGAUUAAGAUUAAUUAUAAAUUUCAGGUUCAUAAUUAUUUGAAUCCUCAAUGGUCUUCUUAACAUAUGCAUACCUUUGUAGAGGAGAUUACAAUUUAGCCUUACAAUAAGGAAAAGAGGCAUUAGAAUACAAUUUGUCUGAUAACAAUAAAUACACUAUUAUAUAAUAUGUAUUGGAAGCCUAUAUUUCUACUUCCAAAAUAAAUUAAGCUAAUACUUUUUUGAAUACUAAUGGAGUAAUUACUUUUUUUAAUAGAUUCAUUAAUAGCAAUUUGUAAUUUUAAUGCAGAAAUGUAAUUGGAAUUCAAACUACUUGUUUUUCCAAUUAUAGUCCUAAAGCAAUAAAUCAUUUUAAUUAUGCUGCGUUCUAUUUACAUAAUGAUAAUUUGCCUCAAGCUUGGAAUUCUAUUUAAUCUUUAAUGAAUUGCUGUUAAAUUGUGAUAAAUUAAAAUAAUCAAGUUAUUCCAUUACCUAUUCUAAAUUUAUUAAUAUGGUAUUAUUUGAAAUCAGGUAAAAAUAUAUUUUAGAUAUAUCUUUCUAGAUUAAGUGUAAUUAGCCAUACAUUUGAUAAAGAGAAGAAGAUUAUUAACAGGAUAAAUGGGAAAAAAUAAAAUAUCUCUAUUAAAUAUUACAAAAUGA